UCCCAGUUCAAUUUGCUGAACAACAGCAUGGAUCAGAGCAUCGGCAGCAGAGCAGCCUCCACCAGCCCCUACAGCUCCGAGCACACCUCCAAUGUCCCAACGCAUUCGCCCUACUCGCAGCCCAGCUCUACCUUCGACGCCAUGUCCCCAGCUCCCGUCAUCCCCUCCAACACUGACUACCCCGGCCCCCACCACUUUGAGGUGACCUUCCAGCAAUCCAGCACCGCCAAGUCAGCCACCUGGACAUACUCCCCCCUGCUGAAGAAACUCUACUGUCAGAUUGCAAAAACAUGUCCCAUCCAGAUCAAGGUGUCCACGCCCCCGCCGCCGGGCACCAUCAUCCGGGCCAUGCCCGUCUACAAGAAAGCAGAGCACGUCACCGAAGUGGUGAAACGCUGCCCCAACCACGAGCUCGGCCGCGACUUCAACGACGGGCAGUCGGCCCCAGCCAGCCACCUCAUCCGGGUGGAAGGCAACAACCUCUCCCAGUACGUGGAUGACCCCGUGACGGGAAGGCAGAGCGUGAUGGUGCCCUACGAGCCCCCGCAGGUGGGGACCGAGUUCACCACCAUCCUGUACAACUUCAUGUGCAACAGCAGCUGCGUGGGAGGAAUGAACAGGAGGCCCAUCCUCAUCAUCAUCACCCUGGAGACGAGAGACGGCCAAGUCCUAGGAAGGAGAUCGUUCGAGGGACGGAUCUGCGCCUGUCCCGGCAGAGACCGCAAAGCUGAUGAAGACCAUUACCGAGAGCAGCAAGCCCUGAACGAGAGCGCAGCUAAAAACGGCAACGCCAACAAACGCACCUUCAAGCAGAGCCCCCAGGGGAUCCCAGCACUGGGGGCUGGCGUUAAGAAACGGAGGCACGGGGAGGAGGAGAUGUAUUACGUGCCGGUGCGAGGCCGGGAGAACUUCGAGAUCCUGAUGAAGAUAAAGGAGAGCCUGGAGCUGGUGGAGCUGGUCCCGCAGCAGCUGGUUGACUCCUACCGGCAGCAGCAGCAGCAGCUGCUGCAGAGGCAGAGUCAGCUGCAGACACCUUCCUCCUACGGUCCCGUCCUUUCACCCAUGAAUAAAGUUCACGGCGGAGGAAUCAACAAGCUGCCCUCUGUCAACCAGCUGGUAGGGCAGCCGGCGCAGCACAGCUCCGGCUCCGCACCCAGCCUGGGGCCCAUGGGACCCGGGAUGCUGAACAGCCACCCCAUGCAACCCAACGGAGAAAUGAAUGGGGGCCACUCGUCCCAGUCCAUGGUCUCCGGAUCACACUGCACCCCACCUCCGCCCUACAAUCCCGACCCCAGCCUCGUCAGUUUUUUAACAGGAUUGGGGUGUCCAAACUGCAUCGACUAUUUCACCUCACAAGGGUUACAGAAUAUUUACCACCUGCAGAACCUAUCCAUAGAGGAUCUCGGGGCACUGAAGAUCCCAGAGCAGUACAGGAUGAUCAUCUGGAGAGGUCUGCAGGAGCUCAAACAGAGCCACGACUACGGGGCCCAGCAGCUCAUCCGCUCCAGCAGCAACGCCUCCACCAUCUCCAUCGGCAGCUCGGGCGAGCUGCAGCGGCAGCGCGUGAUGGAGGCCGUGCACUUCCGCGUGCGCCACACCAUCACCAUCCCCAACCGCGGCGGGGCCGACGAGUGGGCAGACUUUGGGUUCGACCUCCCGGACUGCAAAUCUCGCAAACAGUCCAUAAAGGAAGAAUUCACAGAGGGAGAGAUCAACUGAGGGUCUCCAGAAGGCAGCAGCAAGGGUCCCGGGGGG